CAGUCCUCGAGGUGUUCACUUAUGGAAACACGACUUUUAAAGAGUUGCCAGUUGUGAUACCUAACUAUACUGAACGUCGUGUAAAUGGCGAAAUAUAUACGACGGUACUAGGGUAAAGUGAGAUCUUUUUGUUCGGAGGAGUGCUUUGUUGGUCCGUUAGUGCGAUAAAUUUUUCGUGUCGCUGACGGACCAAGCACGACGAUAUUGUUGCGUUGUUUUUCGCAGUGGAAAACGACACGUCUUUGGAAGGAUGGCGACCUGACCCCUUCCAAAUAAUGGAAUACUGUGCACAACGAUUGUCUGUUUGAAUUAUAUUCUAUUGGUGCUAUUAAACUUACAAGAUGGCUGAUGUGGAUCCUGAAACUUUAUUGGAAUGGCUUAAUAUGGGCCAAGGAGAUGAAAGAGACAUGCAACUAAUUGCAUUAGAGCAAUUAUGCAUGUUGUUGCUUAUGUCUGAUAAUGUUGAUCGAUGCUUCGAAUGCUGUCCUCCACGCACAUUUCUUCCUGCAUUAUGUAGAAUCUUUUUGGAUCAACUUGCACCGGAUAGUGUUUUAGAAGUGACUGCUCGAGCCAUUACAUAUUAUUUCGACCUAUCACCAGAAUGUAUACGCAGAGUAAUAGCCAUGGAAGGUGCUGUAAGAGGUAUAUGCAGUCGCUUGUCCGGAGCUGGAUUAGGUUCCAGAACUAGUCGGGAUUUAGCUGAACAAUGUAUAAAGGCAUUAGAGCUUGUUUGCGCAAGGGAAGCUGGUGCUGUUCUUGAAGCAGGUGGCCUUCCAUGUGCUUUAUGUUUUAUUCGGGAACACGGAGCUCUUGUUCAUCGGGAUACGCUCCACUCGGCAAUGGCUGUCGUUACUCGUUUAUGUGGAAAAGUAGAACCACAAGAUAAAUCUUUACCAGAUUGUAUCGAAGCGUUAUCGACAUUACUCAGACACGAAGAUGCACACGUUGCUGAUGGAGCCCUUCGUUGUUUUGCAUCAUUGGCUGAUAGAUUUUCAAGAAGAAAUACAGAUCCUGCACCUUUAGCCUCCCAUGGAUUAGUUUCUGAGCUCUUAUAUAGGUUAUCAAAUGCAGCAGGACCUGGUACAUCAAUAGCAGCUACUUCUGGAAAUCCAAAAACACCUCCACCAUCCAGUACAACUUCAACAAUACCUGCUCCAGAAGCAAACUCUUGCGCUUCUGUUUCCACUAUAAUUAGUCUUUUAUCAACACUUUGUAGAGGAUCACCUUCUAUAACUCACGAUCUCUUACGUUCUGAGCUACCAGAUGCAAUUGAGAAAGCUUUAAAGGGAGACGAACGAUGUGCUCUUGAUUCUAUGAGAUUAGUUGAUUUAUUGUUGGUUUUACUGUUUGAAGGGAGAUCAGCGUUAGGACGUAAUACGAGUGGAGGCCCAUCGGGUCCUUUAUUACCACGAUUCAGACGGCCAGAAAGUGCCGGAGAAAAAUCUCACAGGCAGCUAAUUGAUUGCAUUCGAUCGAAAGAUACAGAUGCAUUAAUAGAAGCUAUAGAUUCCGGAGGCAUUGGAGUUAAUUUUAUGGACGACGUUGGACAGACAUUGCUUAAUUGGGCGUCUGCUUUUGGAACUCAAGAAAUGGUUGAAUUCUUAUGUGAUAGAGGGGCGGAUGUUAAUAAAGGUCAAAGAUCGUCUAGUCUGCAUUAUGCUGCUUGUUUUGGAAGACCAGCUAUCGCUAAAGUAUUACUUAGACACGGAGCAAAUCCAGAUUUACGAGAUGAAGAUGGAAAAACACCACUAGAUAAAGCUAGAGAGCGUGUAGACGAAGGGCAUAGAGAAGUUGCAGCUAUAUUACAAUCUCCUGGCGAGUGGAUGUUACCAAAUCAAGAGCACAGAAAGCCAGAGACAGAAACCGAAUUUACAGAACCAAAAGGUGAUCCUGAAAUGGCUCCAGUUUAUUUAAAAAGGCUUUUACCGGUAUUCUGCGCGACAUUUCAAUCAUCAAUGUUGCCCAGCGUUAGAAAAGCCAGUUUAAGUUUAAUUAGAAAAAUGGUGCACUAUAUUCAGCCGGAAUUACUUGUCGAAACAUGCGGUUCCGAUAGAACAGGAAGCUGUGGUGCUAUGCUGGUGGAAGUAAUUGCCAGUGUUUUGGAUAACGAGGAGCUUGAGAUAAUAGCACCAUCACCACCACCUCCGCCUCUCAAGCCGAUAAUUGGCCCAAAAUUGCGUUGUCUCUCAUCGCGCAAGUCUUCCAGUUCCCUGAACUACAUUGUUGAUAAGACGGAGGAUGAAGAUGGACACUUAGUGGUUUUGCAAAUGAUACAAGAUUUGAUGAUAAAAGGGAAAGAUGAAUUUCUAGAACAUUUUGCUCGUCUGGGAGUCUUUUCGAAAGUUGCUGCACUAGCCGGACCACAAGAAACAACUCCAGAGCCAGAGGCAGAAUCAAAUCAAUCCGAAGAGCAAAGAAUGGAAGAUGCUAAAGAACUUUUAAUUGGAAGAGCUUACCAUUGGGGAGAUUGGUGUAUUUGCAGAGGACGCGAUUGCUUAUACGUAUGGUCGUAUGCAGCCGCUUUAGAAUUAUCAAAUGGAAGCAAUGGAUGGUUUAGGUUUAUACUCGAUGGAAAAUUAGCAACAAUGUACUCAAGUGGAAGUCCAGAGGGAGGGACAGAUACUUCAGGAAAAGGGAGGAACACUGAGUCGCUUACCACUGAAGAGAAUCGCGGUGAAUUUUUGGAGAAAUUACAAAGAGCACGUAGCCAAGUGAAACCGAAUUCAGUGAGUCAGCCCGUAUUAUCACGUCCUGGUACGAUUCGGUUAGUUGUAGGAAAUUGGGCGUUAUCUAGUAGAAAAGAAAGCGAAUUGUGUAUACAUAAUAGCGAUGGUCAGCAGCAAGCAACUAUUUUAAGAGAAGAUUUACCAGGAUUUAUUUUUGAGUCAAAUCGAGGUACAAAGCAUUCCUUCACAGCAGAAACAAGUUUAGGCCCAGAAUUUGUAUCAGGAUGGGCUGGCAAAAGGGGCAAAAGAUCAAGAUCAAAAAUUGAAGCUAUUAAACAAAAAGUUAAAGUACAAGCUCAAGAUAUUUAUGAAUGUUAUUUUAAAGCUGCUCAGGCACAGCCACGCGGAGUAGUCGCUAAGCUAGGGGCUAUUGUUAAUCAAAUAGAAAAAGCUUGCCAAAAACAACAGUCAGGUAAUCGCGAAUGGCGCAACAUAUUACUAAGCGCGCUAGAUGAACUUAAAGCUUUACUGAACGAAGAAGGACGAGUUUCUGCUUACGAGCUGCAUUCUAGCGGUCUCGUACAAACUUUACUUGCGCUGUUAGCAGCUCCGCCGGGCCCGCAACCACCAACAUUGAGGGCAACGAAACUUAGAAUGCAAAGAAUAGCAGUAUUCAAAAAUUGCUUCCAUUCGAAGGAUGCCAAUAAAGAACAUAAUUCCGCUAAAAUUCUAGUCCAAAAGUUGGUUUCAGUAUUGGAAUCUAUUGAGAAAUUGCCUGUUUAUUUAUACGACACCCCAGGCUCUGGCUAUGGCUUACAAAUUUUAACUAGAAGAUUACGUUUCCGAUUAGAAAAAGCAACUGGUGAAAGUUCUUUAAUAGACAGAUCUGGUCGGAGUUUAAAGAUGGAACCGUUGAGCACUAUACAACAAUUAGAGAGUCAUUUAUUAAAAAUGGUAGCAAAGCAAUGGCACGAUCACGAUAGAUCAACAUUUACAUUUGUUAAGAAACUGAAAGAAGGCAAUAGAAUAACGUUUAAAUACCAGUAUGACUUUGAUGAAAAUGGUUUGUUAUACUGGAUUGGUACAAACGCAAAAACUUGUUCUGAAUGGGUGAAUCCUGGUCAAUACGGUUUAGUUGUUGUUACAUCAAGUAAUGGAAGGAAUCUACCUUACGGUCAUCUUGAAGAUAUUCUAAGUCGUGACCCGUCAGCUUUAAAUUGUCAUACAAAUGACGAUAGGCGCGCGUGGUUUUCAAUCGAUUUAGGAGUCUGGAUUAUUCCAAGUGCUUACACACUGAGACAUGCAAGGGGUUACGGUAGAAGUGCCUUGCGGAAUUGGAUGUUCCAGGCAUCAAAGGAUGGUGUAACUUGGACGACACUAUAUGCUCAUGUAGAUGAUCCAUCAUUAAACGAGCCUGGCAGCACAGCCACUUGGACAUUGGAACCGCCGGCCGAUGAAACGCAAGGCUGGCGUCAUUUACGAUUGCAACAAAUCGGAAAGAACGCUUCUGGUCAAACACAUUAUUUGUCUGUGUCUGGAUUUGAAGUUUACGGUGAGGUUACUGGAGUCUGCGAGGAUUUAGGACGCGCUGCUAGAGAAGCUGAAGCUGGAGUUCGAAAACAACGGAGAUUAAUUAAAUCCCAAGUUCUUCGUCAUUUGGUUGCUGGUGCUAGGGUAGCUAGAGGUUUAGAUUGGAAAUGGAGAGAUCAGGACGGUGUUCCACCAGGUGAAGGUACCGUAACAGGAGAAUUGCAUAAUGGUUGGAUAGAUGUAACAUGGGAUCAUGGUGGUUCCAAUUCUUAUAGAAUGGGUGCAGAGGGGAAAUUUGAUCUAAGAUUGGUUGGAAGUGGUCUUGAUACGGAUAAUGGAACCAAAAAUAAAAGCGCUGGUGGAGUUUUAACUGGACGAAAAUCGAGUAGCACCCCUAGUUUACCAGAUUGCACCGAUACCGCGAUGCGUGGCUCGGUAGCUUCAACGGAUCAAGCAGCGAGUGCUGAUAACCUCGCAGCUAAGCAAGCCGCUGAAUCGAUAGCAGAAAGUGUGCUAUCGGUCGCUCGUGCCGAGGCGGUUGUUGCUGUAACCGGCGAAGGUGGAGCAAAUUCAACGGGCGAACUGUCCGUUGUAUUACAUCCCAGGCCUGACACUACCGUGACAAGUGAUCUGGCAACAAUUGUUGAAAGUCUUGCCCUUAACACUGAUUGUCCUGCCAACAGUAACAGCAAUCGCGCGUCUAGUAGUUCAAAGCCACUUUUUGCUACUGUGCGAGGAAACAAGCCGGGGGCUGGUUUAUUGAGUCUUGAAGCUACUGAAGUAUUAGACCGCGUCAGGGAAGGAGCUGACAGAUUACGUAACAACACUAACAGCUUCUUGAGCGGUGAAUUACUUAGUUUAGUGCCUGUUAGAAUCAGCGUGGCGGGUGAAUUAGAGGAGAAUUCAUUGAGAAUAAAGUCUGUUCAAAGGCAUCAUUCAGCAAUUACCGAUGCUACCAAAGAAUGUAGUCGGGACAAAGAAGCUAGCUCAUCUACGCAAAAUACAGCAGGAGGAUGUCCUGUUGUUGUUACCAAUCCCAUGUCUGUGUCUGUUCCCAAUCUUGCUUGUUCUGAUGCUAACAAUACACUGGAACCAACAGCUGCAACUGGUUUAUUGGAAACAUUUGCGGCAAUGGCACGAAGACGAACUUUGGGACCUACAGGUGGACAGCAUAUUGCUUCUAAUUCUAAUACUGGUUCAAAUUCACGUGGACCUAAUUCGGUAUCGAGUUUAGUUCGACUUGCCCUAAGUCCUAAUUUUCCUGGCGGUUUACUUAGUACAGCUCAAAGUUAUCCAAGUUUAACCAGUAGUGGUCAAGUAGCUGGUAGUGGUGUCACGACAACUACUGGACCCGGCUUAGGACAAGCACUUACAAUGUCUUUGACUAGUACAAGUAGUGAUAGCGAACAGUUGUGGCUACAGGUCAGUCUUGAAGACUUUUUGGAAUCUUGCGGAGGUGUUGCAAGUUCUAGCGUUGGUGGAGGUAGAACAACAGGUGGACCAACUCUUUUGACCGAAUUAGAAGAUGACGAAGAUGGCGUGCUUGAAGAAGAAGAGGAUAACGAUGAAAAUGAUCAAGAGGAAGAUGACGAAGAAAAUGAAGAAGAAGGAGAUGGUUGCGAUGCUGGUUACGAAGAGGUUAUGGUUAGUCGCAAUCUCCUGGCAGCUUUUAUGGAAGAAGAAAGCAGCAAGAGACGUGCUUGGGACGACGAGUUUGUUCUUAAACGUCAGUUUUCUGCUUUGAUCCCAGCCUUCGAUCCACGACCCGGACGAACAAACAUCAAUCAGACAACUGAUUUGGAAAUUCCACCACCUGGCAGUGAAACUCAAUCAAGUACGCGGUCUGGAUCAUUGUCAAUGCCUAGACUUUCUUUAACAUUGAAAGGUCCAGGACUUCCAGGAGUGCCAGACGUUGAAUUACCCCUUACAGAACCACACGCUAGUAUUUUCAAAACGGUACAAGAAUUAAUGCAACUAACUGAAUUGGGCAGCCGGCAAGAAAAAUUAAGAAGAAUAUGGGAACCAACUUACACUAUAAUAUAUAAAGAAUCUAGAGACGAAGAAUCGUCUGGAAGAGCAACGCCAAUUGUAACAUUAUAUUCACGAAGUACCACUCAAAGCUCUUCAGUCUGUACGGUAGAAGACGUUUUACAGCUCCUGAGGCACGUUUAUGUAUUGAGUACUACUCGUGACGACGGUAAACACGUUGAUUAUGAAAACGAGGAAUCACCGUGUUGGGUUCAUCCCGAUGAUUUCACUUCAAAGAAAAUCACAAAUAAAAUAGUACAACAAAUUCAAGAUCCUUUAGCACUAGCUGCUGGAGCUUUGCCAAACUGGUGCGAGGAAUUAGCAAGGAGUUGUCCAUUUUUAUUACCAUUUGAAACUAGACGACUGUACUUUAGUUGUACCGCUUUUGGAGCGUCCCGAUCUAUUGUAUGGCUUCAAACACAAAGAGAUGCGGUUCUUGAGAGACAAAGAACACCUGGUUUGAGUCCACGUCGCGAUGAUAUUCACGAAUUUCGUGUGGGUAGACUCAAACACGAAAGAGUCAGUGUACCUAGGGGAGAGAAAUUAUUAGACUGGGCAGAACAAGUAAUGAAGGUCCAUGCAAGUCGGAAAAGUAUAUUAGAAGUUGAAUUUAUCGGUGAAGAAGGAACAGGUCUGGGACCCACGUUAGAGUUUUUCGCAUUAGUUGCUGCAGAGUUACAGCGCAAAGACUUGGGUUUAUGGCUGUGCGAUGACGAAGAAAUACAUGAUACAGAACAGUCACAUGUUUCUGGAGAGCAGGUUCGACCUGCAGGAUAUUAUGUAACUCGACCAAGUGGAUUAUUCCCAGCACCUUUACCACAGGAUUCGGUAACUUGUGAUCGUGCUGUUCGAUACUUUUGGUUCUUGGGUGUGUUCCUGGCAAAAGUUUUGCAGGAUAAUAGAUUAGUAGAUUUGCCGUUGUCCCGUCCUUUCUUAAAAUUAAUGUGUCACGGAGACAUUACAAAUAAUGUGAAUGAAAAAAUUGGUCUUAGUGGUAUAACUCAAGAAAGUAUGUCAUCAAGUAUGUCGAGUAGCUUUAUAUCAGAAGAAGGUGAAACAGACGUAACAUAUUCUUCGUUAGAACCACCUCCAUGGUAUUCUGGAUUAUUAGAUAUCGAAGAUCUUGUAUUCGUCGAUCCGGUGAGAGGAGAGUUUUUAAAAGAAAUACAAGCAUCAGUUGCUAAACGUGAUAGAUCGCUUUCGGAUAGUCAUAAUACUACUGACGCAGAAACGUCGUUGAAUAUUACUCAUCCAUCUGGAAUGUCAGUGCCUAUUGAAGAUUUGGCUUUAACAAUGACAUAUUCUCCUAGUUCAAAAGUGUUUGGAUACGAGCAUGUGGAAUUAAUAGAAGGAUGUGCAGAGACAUCAGUAAAUGUGCAGAAUGCGAAAGAGUACGCGGAGAUGACAAUUAAUUAUUGUCUCGAUCGAGGAGUCUCUAGACAACUUGAAUCAUUUAAAGCCGGUUUUUCAAAAGUCUUCCCAAUGGAAAAACUUCAUGCUUUCAGUCCGGAAGAAGUAAGGGCUAUGCUUUGCGGAGAACAAAACCCACAGUGGACCAGAGAAGAUUUGCUCAAUUACACUGAGCCAAAACUUGGUUAUACAAGAGAAAGCCCUGGUUUCCAAAGAUUCGUCAAUGUUUUACUUUCACUGACUGGUCCAGAAAGAAAAGCUUUCUUACAAUUUGCUACUGGAUGUUCAGCUUUACCUCCUGGAGGAUUAUGUAAUUUACAUCCUAGAUUGACUGUCGUACGAAAAGUAGACGCUGGAUCAGGUGGUUAUCCCUCUGUUAACACCUGUGUUCAUUAUUUAAAGUUGCCAGAGUAUCCUACUGAAGAAAUACUUAAAGAAAGACUCUUAGCUGCAACUAGAGAGAGAGGAUUUCACUUAAAUUAAGCUCGUCUCUACUCGAGCAAAGAACUGUUAACGAUAAUAUUAUCAGAAAUACUUGCGCUUAAAACGUGUGACUUGAACUUUGCUAAUCGAAUCGUACAACUUAUGUAUAAAAGCAAAGUUUGGCCUUGAUGUCACUUGGAUAACCUAAAAAUGUAGUCUAAUAGGAAUCAGUACAGGUUUAAACGAAUGAUUUAAUUACAUAACCUGGAACGGAAUCGUGUAUAAUAUUUAAAUAAAUCAGUAAGAAUUCUCAUUGUAUUACGAAUAUUUAAGUAUAUAAAAUAUCACGUCUUAAUGUUAUGUUCAAAGUUGUCCAUUUUAAUGGAAAUCUAUAAUGUAACAAAUACCAUCAAAUUACGUUGCUUUAACAACUUGGGUAUUUAAAAUUUUGUAGUAGUAAAUUUUUUAAACUUACGUAAAAAUUUGCUACAAAACUGUAAUAUAUAUACAUAUAUAUUUAAAUGACAAAAUAAUGAAGAAUUACGCUAUUAUGUAUUCUCGUGGGCUAUCCGUUCCAGGUAAUAAUCAUAAAUAUAUUACGAAUUUGUCCAAUACAAUAGAAAUUGUAUUUUCUCAACAACUGUAAUUUAUGCGAGUGUUUUCAAGUAUAUUUGCUGUCCUCGUGGAACAAAAACUUUACAGUUCCUCAUUUUAGAACGAAUGUUCGUACUGUCUUCUUUGUGAAGUAUUGUUGUGCUUGAAAGUGAUCCAUAUGGGAAAAGGCACCUUUGAUGAAAAUUUCUAUUUUCUUUAUCAGAAUAUUUCUGUGGUACAUCACGUGUAUCGCAGAGGUAUAUUACAACGCGCGACAAGAUGUGAAACAAAAUUGACUCGUGCAAAGUGCUAAGUUUUUAUUAUCACAAUGAUGUUUCUUAGCAUCUAGACCAAUUUUCACAGCUUCAAAUGUUUAUCCUUUUAAUUCACUAUCAAUAUGCAUUAUCAUGUUUCUAAAGGCAUAGAAAGGUCCGAUUAUAAAAAGGAGUAAUAAAAAGGACGUGAUGAAACAUUUUGAUGAAAGCAUUAUUGAAGACUUGGCAAGCUGAGCACUCUGCAUCUUUGUACAAUAUGCUACUUAAUGCUCACUCAAUAAUUAUAAUUAUAGGCGGAAAUCAGUAUACUUGUAAUAAUAGUGUCUAGAAAAAAAUAUGAAGAUAAUAUAAAUGUGAAAACAGAUUGAUUAAUGAUAUCGAUAUGAGAAAUAGUUACUAUUACUGUAAUAUAAAUUAUUAUUGAUUCUUGGGGAAAAGAAUAAAA